AUGUCAAUCGGUCAGACCACUACCUUGCUAGCUCCGCGACUGAAUGUUUCACCUUGGCCUAUGAUGACGCUUGAUUCUUCAAGUCAGCAACUUCCCUCGAAGUUGAAUGCAGAGAAGGAACUUGUUAUGAGCCCGAUGUUGCUGUCAUUAGCAUUAGGGUUGAAAUGGGCGGGCUUCAAUCAUUCCAUCCUCGAGGGUGACGGCGUGAAGAGUGAACAGAUUGAAGGUUGCCGCAACGUUUUCUAUCCUCGAGGAACUGUCAGGAUGUCGAAGGGAUACCAAUCACAACUAUGCAGGGUCUUUGAUUCGCCCAUCUUCGGUCCAAGUCACCCUGUUUACGGAAACUUCGGAAGGGCACUGGUAGACCUUGAUGGAGGCGAGUUCAUUGUCGCUAUGAGUGAGAGUCGAUAUCGGCCUAUCGAUGAUCUUCUGGAAUCGGUACCAGCGUCCCGUACUUCCCCAAAGAUCUGA